AUGCCGGCCCCUGCACCCAAAACGGCCUCUGCGCAAGUCCAGGCGCAAGCCGCUCCCACAUCCGCGCCCAAUGGCUCAUCCCCCUAUGGCCAGAGGACCGCACAUAGGAAUGGCAGCAAAAGCCCCAACGGACCUUCAGCUUCACAAAGCUCACCAUUAUCCUCGCUAGGCGCCAACGCCCCCCCGAAGAUCAUCGUCAAAAAGGAGCCUGGCUCGCCCACUAUGCCCAGCUCGAGACCGCGCCCUUCGCGUCUCGACUUGUCAAAAAAUACCAUCAGCAACAACUCAAAUAACCCUGCAUCUGCGCGCCCAUUGACAGCCCGGGAUCCGCUCAGCAUCCAGGACAUGGGCAUCCACUGUCUGUCACCAGGUUUCGUUACCGACGACCCUCACAGGAAGGACCACAUCCAGCGAAGCCUGUCAGUGCGGGAGCAGCAGCGUCACAUCAUCGAGGCUCGGUUACAUCAACAAUCUGCCAAGGGCGACGGCCCAUCAGACAAGGACAAGGAACCUGGUUCAGCCUUUGCAGCCAGGACACCUGGUAUAUCCUCUCGUCGCAACAAGGUGCCGCCAGGCUUGUCAAUCGUUGCGCCCUCCCACAAACAGUUCGCAAACGAGAGAGUGAUCCAGUCUGCGCCACUCGGCCACAGCUUCACUGGCCGCCAGGACAUGGCGCCCUCGAGCAGGCAUUUCAACCAACAGCCGUCUCAUCUGUCCAGCAGCUCACACAUACAUCACGUUCCUGCACAUCAAACCGAGAACCGCCUGCCCCCGAUUAGUGAUGUCUUUGGUCAAGGGUUGUCUGCGAACCCCGAAAAUGCAGCCGCGUCAGGGUUCCCAACGGCCGGAAGCGCGCGCGCUGUUCCACAAUCGCCCAGUUACCCCCCGCCCCCUCCAGGGCCGACGCCGACGGGGCGAUCGAGGGAAUACAAGUCCGCUGAAGAAGCCCAGCAAGACAUGGCUGGAGGUCGACCAGAACUACUGCCACGUCUAGUCCAUUAUGGUGGACACCAGCCACCCACGCCCCCAUCUCCUGCUCCUGGCCAUCGCCCAUCUGACGGCAGCCGGAGUGCCACUAAGAGGAGGACCAGGGCUGAGUACGAGGAGGGCGCUACCCCGCCAUUGGGACAUGGUCCGACCACCUUUCGCCGUGGUCCUUUCGGCGCCGGUCGCGAUAGCCCCGAGACACAACGCCAGAAGCGCGAGGAAUUCUUGGGUCUAUGUGAGCGGGCCUGGGAUCUGUUCCACUCGUAA